AAAGCCGUCGAAUCAAUCGCGGCAUUGUUCGCGACGCGGUGAUAGAAAAUAGACCAACAGAAACUGACUUAAUGGACACCCCCGCUUUUUCCUUGCGUACGUCUAAUCGCGAAGCAGAAAGAGAGUGGAGAGCGUGGUUCGAAUCGGAGACGCGUCUCCUCGACGAUAGGUGAACGGAUCGGAUUUUUUGGCGACGCUUUGCCGUAUCAGGGUUCCACGGUUUUAUAACACGGCUCGUCGCGUCGGCGUGUUUCACAAAUUUAUCGAGUAUCGAGCGUGCGAACCGAAACGAGUUUCACGAACAACUUCAACCCGCACCGAUCUAACGAACGUUCGAUUAUGGAGUUCUAUUAAAAUUCCCAGUGCAGACACACACAUUGAACGAUAAUGAACGCAAAAUUUACGAGUAUACCGAUAACACGAUGCAGGCUGACCUUGGCCAUCCUAAACCAUGGAAAUUCGAAGGCUCGUCAAGCCGAUGCGCGGCCACCAGUACCUCCAAUGGUUGCAUGAUUAACCUUCAUCCAGACUCCGACGAAGAAUGGUUGACGUACGAAAAACUCACGGAGAUAGUUUUCCUUCGUCCCAAGGCGAAAUCAGCCGAUCAUCGACCUGCGUUCUUACCUAACAAUCAAGCUAAAUCCGUUGACGUUAUACGACAUCAAUCGAUGAAAUUAACGAAGAACAAGAGCAUUGUUCUGAAAAAUGCGGCUCAACCGGUUGUUUUCGAUAAACGGGCGGAUGGAGAUAAGGCUACCGAGAAUGUUUCGCCACUGCCGUUGAGGGCGAGUCUUUUCCCUCGUGUCUCGCCCUACGUUCUCUUCCAAAGUCACGAUCAUAUACCCAAAAAACUGCCGAAAGAUUUUGCUCGACUUCUCAAAUGGAAAUUUACCACAUGUAUGCCUAGAGUUUUGAUCAAAAUUUUAAUCAGUUCUGGAUAUCAAGUGGUAAAUAAAGGGACAGACUGGUCCGGUGUAUGGAACUUAUCCGGUAAAGACACGGCGAGGUAUCAACGUAUGAAAAACUAUCAAAAGAUGAACAACAUACCAGGAUCUGAAAAUAUAGGCAACAAGGACCUGUUAUGGACGCACUUGAAUAGAAUGUCGCGAAAGUUCGAGCCUGAGGAAUAUAACUUUAUGCCAAGAACGUACGUACUGCCGAAGGAGAUACAGAAAUUCGAAAGCAUGUGGAGCAGACACGGUAUGGGUACCACGUGGAUAAUUAAACCGCCGUCAGCGGGUCGUGGCCAGGGUAUCAAGAUUGUUAAUCAAUGGUGGGAGAUACCAAAGUGGCAUUCGGUAAUCAUUCAACGAUACAUCACCAGACCGAAACUCAUUAACGGCUUGAAAUUCGAUCUGCGAAUUUACGUUCUCCUAACAAGCAUUAACCCGAUGAGAAUUUAUGUCUACAAAGAGGGCUUGGUUCGUUUCGCCUCGGUCAGAUACGUUCGUGGAGCAAAUCUAAGCGACAAAUACAUGCACCUAACCAACAGCAGCGUGAACAAACAAAAUCCAGCGUACGUAGCAAACGAUGGAGUGAAUUCGUUCAAAGGACACAAAUGGUCCUUGACGAGUUUAUGGUCGUAUCUGAAGCAGGAAAGGGUGGACGUCGCUGACCUAUGGUCUCGGAUCAAGGAUAUCAUCGUUAAGACUUUCAUAUCCGUGGAAUCGAGCAUGAACGCGACUAUCUUACAGAGUCUGGUCUCCAGUUACACCUGUUACGAAUUGUACGGGUUCGACGUACUUCUCGACGAGGGUUUAAGACCGUGGUUACUCGAAGUGAACAUUCUACCGUCGCUGCAGACAGACUCGCUACUCGAUAUCGCUAUUAAGGGCCCACUGGUGAAAGACGUGUUAAACGUGGCUGGCUACCAAAUCCCCAAGAACGAGCAAAUUUCGAGCAACGGUGUUUGCAAUAAAAAGUACGACUCGAUCGCUCAUAAUUACAGAUUGUACAGCACGGCCUUGAACCUUCGUGAGAAAAUGAAACAGAACGAAAUCAACGCGAUGCAGACUCGCGACGAGUACCUGGAUGGAAUCCUGCGGAAUUUGACGAGGGACGACCUGAGACAGCUGAUCCGCUACGAAGACGAGCUCAGUCAAGCUGAUAACUUUGAGAAACUAUUCCCUACCAAGGAUUCUUAUUUGUAUUUCAAAUUCUUCGAGGUCGAAAGAUACUACGAUCGAUUACUGGACGCCUGGGAAUAUCGUUACUCCGAUAACAGAAAGGAAGGAAUUCGUAGACUGCAACGACAUUGCGAAACGAUGCAGCACUUAGAUCAAGCCACCGAUUGAGCGCAAGCUUUGUCGUUCGUUCCUGCUUCGGUAUGGAAAUUAUCGUGUUAAUACGUUACUGAAAUCACUUCGACUCUAAUUAAAAUAGUUCACACGGAGCAAGGUCACUGGCGUGACGCAUGUACUUUCUUACGUAACGUACACGCCUGUUCCUAAGUAUAUUCGUAAGGGUAUUUUCUGGUUUCUUAUAAAAUCGUUUAAAUCGCCAAGCGAAUGAUCAACCGAUCGCGACUCUGAACUCGUGCAAGCUAACGCUGAAUAUUUGAAUUCUUUAUUUAUGUUAAUUUAUGUUAACAGAUAAUAAUAGUCAAAGGCUUCGAUAAUUCCCUUGUCAUUUCCAAGUUCAAUUUCGCUUUCUACGAGUGUCCUUAAGAAGAUAUAACAGCGAAGGAGAAGAUAGAACGGCCCAAUUCCGAUUACGUAAUUUUGUUUUGAAACCUUCGUUCGUUCAUAUUCCCAGGAAUUACGUCGAGUUUAUAUUUUCUUGCUUAUCGCGUAUUCAGCACGACCGGAUAAGUACACGGCUACUGUUUCUCGAUGGACGAUUAACACGCUAAUCGCGACUACUUUAAUCGUAGAUUAUUUUGUCUUCGGAGACAUCCGAUGUCGAAGGAAUUCGAGAAAUCCGACGAAACCUUACGCCAGUUAAUCCACCUUAGUCGAGGGUUACGCAACACCAUAACCGCAAGGUACUGUAAGUCGUUUUAACUAUAUCGGUCACGUUGACGUCAUUCAUUCGCCGUUUACAACUUCCACCGAAUAGGAGUAUCCGUUUCUACGAAGAACUUCCUUUAUCGAAUUACGCGUAACUCAAUUUCCCUUUCGAAAUAGUAGCGCUUUGAGCUUUGCUCGUAAGAUGACGCGAUCAAAUGACGAAACGACGAGUACUUGAAACAUCGCCGCUCGAAAUUAUCGCCUUCUUCCUUGUUUUUAUAUGCGGCUUGUUACGUUCAAGUCUCGUGUCUCACGAUGAAUCGACUUUCUUUACACGGAUGGCUAGCUUUCAGAUAAUCUUAUCGUUUCGUCCAUUGUUUAAGCGCUCCUGUCGUACGGUCAAGUUAAUUUACCCGUGAUGAUAAUUUGUUCAGAGAUUAUGCAGCCGAAAUUACACGGUUGCGCAAAUAUUUUGUAGCCAAGUCCGCCUCGGGUAAAUAAAGAAACGCGCAAUGUGUCACUUAAAUGGAACGAGAGUCACGCCGGGAAAAAACUAGUUUAAAUUGAAUAAUAUUCGCGUUGCACAAGCAGCCGCAUUAAGGAUAAUUUGCGAGGAUGUUAAACAUUUAUACGCGAACGAUUAUUUAUGACAAAAACUAGGCAACGUUCUAUGCUUUGGUUCGUAGCUUUCAAGAUGCCUUCAUACGUCGAUGGCCAGUUUCACAACAACACUCCAAUGUAUGCUUUAUCCACAUGCAAAUGGCAAAAGCAAACUAUUCUUGUUGCCGGUCAUACGCUGAAAAACGUGUACAUAGGAGUUUUUCCACUCACUGUGUAGGAACUUUGACCCUUAAUUACAGACCAGUCGUCUUUCAGACGAAUAAAUUUCUAUUUCAUUAACGCGAUUCAGCAGGGAAUGUCGAAAGCUGCAACGUUCGAAUAUCUUCCACAGCGAACAAUUUCGCUAAACAAGUAUACGUGUAUCGGCCGACGAAUGAUAAUAAUUAGACUUGGAUUCGAUACCGAUAUUCGUAUUACGUCAAUUUCUAUAUAGCACGGUAACGUAAUAAGUACGUGGUGCUAGCAAAAUGAUCCGAGAGGCUACCGAUCUGUAAUUAAGGAACGAAGCUAAUAUCUCGUCGAUACUCGGAAAAAGCAAUUCUACAACGCGAUGGAAUUCGUCGACUCGUAAUUAUUCGAUGGAACGCAUUUAGCGCGGUCGCGUUGGCAAUAAUUUCGAUCGGUAACGUGCUCGUCGCUUCGCUCGAAGGUGACGUAAGUGGCCAGUGAAAGCUCUCCGCGGGCUUCAGAAACGUGAAUCACUUCCUGAAAAUUCCGUAGACGCGGCAUCCAGCGGUUUUCAGUUCGUUCGGACGAGCGUUCUC